AUGGAAGAGCUGGAAGUAACUCGUCAUCCGACAUUAUUACUUAUUACUUAUUCCGCAUUUUAUUCUGCUCUGUUUUUAUUGGGACUUUUUGGCAAUACAUUUGCUGUGCUAUCUGUUAUCAUACAUCCACAACUACGUUCAUCCACAGAUUAUUUGAUAUCAUCAUUGGCCACUGCUGAUCUAUUAAUUAUAUUAUUUUGCCUUCCAACAACUUUACUUAAUAAUCUUUUAACAGCUAAAUUAGAAAUUCAUUACGAUGAAAUAAGCAAAAAUGCAAAAUAUGCAAAUAAAGCUUCCUCUCUGUAA